AGUUGCGCUUUUGCGCUCAAGUCAGCCGAGCUCACGGACGCGCGAGAACAGCCGCCGCUCUUCGGUGCCGUGCACGGGCUGAGGACUGCAUCCCGACAACCCCCUUCCCCCGCGCAGAGCUUUUAUUUUUAUAUAAGUUGGCUUUUUUAAAAACAAUAUUUGGUUUCUUCGGGAAGGCUGAUCUCUCCUUUACGCGAUGGAGAAGAUGUCUCGACCUCUUUCUAUAAACCCAACUUUCCUACCUCCGACCCACGGCGUCCUGAAAUCCCUGCUGGAGAACCCCAUGAAGCUGCCCUUCCACCACGAUGAAGGUAAAGGCUUCGGGAAAGAGAAAGAGAAGGAGAAGAAGCUGGAAGAGGACGGAAAUGCCCUCAACACUCCUCAGUCCGCCUUCUUGGGCCCCACGCUGUGGGACAAGACCCUGCCGUACGACGGCGACAACUUCCAGCUGGAGUAUAUGGAUUUAGAGGAGUUCCUGUUGGAGAACAAUAUUCCGGCCAACCCUGGGAGCGAGCAGAGCCAGCCUUCCCAGCAGCCCCUGCAGCAGCAGCAGCAGCAGCCGCCGCCCUCGGCCCCGCCCUCGGCCACGCCCACGCCUUCGGUGGUGGACCUCAGUAACCGGACGGCCCCGUCCGUUCACUCCGGCAUCGUGGGCCAGAACUGCCUCCAGAGUCCCGGCAGAGCAGUUAUCUCCUCGCGGGACACGCCCAGUCCCAUAGAUCCAGACUCCAUCCAGGUUCCGGUCCGCUACGAGCCCGACCCGGCCGACCUCGCCCUCUCCAGCGUCCCGGGACAGGAAAUCUUCGACCCGCGCAAGCGCAAGUUCUCAGCGGAGGAGCUGAAGCCGCAGCCCAUGAUCAAGAAGGCCCGCAAAGUCUUCAUUCCAGACGACAUGAAGGACGACAGAUAUUGGGCACGGCGCAGAAAGAACAACGUCGCAGCCAAGCGCUCCCGGGAUGCUCGCCGGCUGAAAGAGAACCAGAUCGCCAUCCGCGCGGGAUUCCUGGAAAAAGAGAACGCGGCGCUCAGGCAGGAAGUGGCCGACCUGCGGAAGGAACUCGGCCGCUGUAAGAACGUUCUGGCCAAAUACGAGGCGCGGCACGGCCCUCUGUGAGCCCCUCCCACCCCAACACAAACCCCGCCCACCUCCACAAAACGCCCCGCCCACCACCACCAACCCCACCCCUCCCCAGGGACUUCAGCGCGCCUCUUUAAGAGGGCGACGUAUUCUCCUCUCCGUCUUUUUGUUUCGUUUCACGUUUCUCUCUUCACUUUUCUCUUUACAAACCCAGUUUGUGUCCUUUAGCUGAUUUUUGUAUUACAUGUAUUGCGUGUCUCUUUCCUCUCGCGUAGCCUAUCUAUUUCCUUUUAUUUGUUUUUUCAUUCGUCUGUUUAUUCCUUCGCCAACGAUGGAUCGUUCGUCUGGAAAUGGUUUUCUCGGGAGCGUUUUGUACACCUGUAACACGGACUGAUGAAUAUUUUCCUCGCCUGUCCGUCAAUCGACCGCUCUCUGCCCAACCCCCUUUUUCCCCCAGAGGCUCCGCCCACUCCCGGACGACGCUCAAGCUUCUUUUUCGCCGUAUAUCGAUGUGUUUUAGUUGAAUAGCUGUAACGCACCGACACCUUUCGUUCCGCGAAGUGCGUAAAACACUAGCUAGCUUCAGAACGCGACGUUUGUCUCUUCGUCCUUUCCCUGUUCAAGUGCGUUCCCUCGGUUUUAUUUCACCGUUUGUUUUCUUUCAAACCAACACCAGCGUAGUUUUCGGCAUCUUUCCCGCAUCGUCCAUGGAGCAAUAAGCCUGAAUCUCUUCAGAGGGCGAAACACGUGAAAUGUAAGCUAGCCCGUUUCGCAGCGCCGUCAUUUCUGCCGUAGUGCGCAAACUUUCCCUUCGAAACUUUCCCUCCAGAAAUGCUGAAUCCAUAUUCGUCUGUCUUUCUGUCCCGCUCUAACUCCCUGCACUAAUGCGUGUUUCACAAUCUGAUCUGGUGCAAUGUUUCUACCUACACUAUAAUCUGCCUGAUAUAUUUAUGGAUUUUUUUUGUUUUUUUCCUUUCCUUUUUUUCGAAUGGAAGAAAUUUUUAAAAAAUAUCAGCUGUUAAUUGCUACUAUUGUUAUAGCUGUUCUUAUUGUUAUGGCUGUAUAGUAAUUUUUUCCUGAUUGUUUUAUUGGAUAUUUCAGCAUGACUAUUGUUUCAGAGUUGCGACCUAAAUCUAAUCGUGAAUGGGUCUUUUUCUUUUCUUCUUUUUUUUUUUUUUUUCAGGAUGGACGAUUGGUCCGUCUUCUCUUUUUAUUUUUAUUGCUAUCUAUUUUAAUUUUAAUUUUUUACCCAGAGCAUGUUUUAGAAUUUUCAUUUGUCAGUGCAAGCGGAUAUUUGUAGUGAUUUGUUUUUUUUUUUUUUUUUUUUUGUUUCGUAGCAAUUUCUUUCUUUCCGUUUCGUAGCUUGGCGUGUCUGUCGGCUGUAUGACUGUAAUGAAUGUGUUAUAAGAGGCGUUCGGUGAGCAGGACGGUGUUGUCUCGAAUACUGUGGUUGAAAUCAGUUUGUUUACUGCAGACCAAAAGAUACAGCACAGAUUUAUUGAUAAAACAGAGUUUUAAUGUUAUAUAUAUAUAUAUAUGAAAUCUAUUCUAAGUUGCUUUUUUUGUACAGUAUUUUUCCUAUAUAAUACUGUCUGAAUAUUUUCGAGGCACAACAAAUCCAGAUUAGUGCAAGAUAAAUAUACGAUAGCUUAUAUAUCUAUAAUUCAGAGCUAAGUGACAUAGCGUUUUGAUAUAUUAUGAAGAAUAUAACUGGGAGUAAAUGCGAAAACCGCCAUCUUGUCCUCUACUUUGGGCAUUAAAAACUUCUGCACCCUUUUAUUCAAAUAGCCUUUAGUAUUCUGUCUCAGGGAACGCUAGCAGCCGGACCUCAAACCAUAACUCGUAAUAAAUAUGAAAUAUAUCUAUAUAUAUAUUUUGCUGUGUUUUUUUUUUUUUAAAUAGGAAGGAGCUGCAAUUCUCAAGCCUAACUCACACUCUUGAUGCCGCGCAAUGGUUUCAUUGCGGAGCAUUUUACAGUAUCGCUAUUGGUUCUUUGAAUGGAAAUCUAAAGGCUAUGCUUAUUUUUAGUCUAUUUAAUUGAGUCUUUUUUCACAGCAGUGUUGAAACCGAAUGUUUAGCGCGGCAGCUCUGAGAGCUUUUGCUUGGUCGAAUGUUAGAAAAGUUCGGGGCACACGGUUCCGUAAAAGUUCUUUUGCUGGUCCGAGAUCAGUUUUUUUUUAUUCUGUUCGUUCUGUUAGAAGCCACAGGGUUUGAACCCGGGACAUCUGAUCUCAGGUCAGAGGUUGCGUUCGAUGCGAUGGCGACGUUGUCGACAGCGAAGGUCCUCGUCCGCCCCGGGUUCAGGCCAAAGUUGAGAUGUGCACAGGUUUCGUAUUAUCGAAGAUCGAUGGGGCAACAAAAACGAGGCUGUUUUUUUUUAUUAUUAUUAUUAUUAUUGUUUAAUUUAAUUUCCCUUGGUUUUCUUUCUCGUGUCUGUUUGUCCGUGUUAUAAAUGCAGAUGUGAGACGCGUGUAUAAAGCCCUGUGUAGACUGUUUCUAUCUGUGCAAAACUGAAAUAAAUCCAGGAUUAAGCCAAACCGCUUCUCGUGAAUAAUGACCCCCGAAAAUACCUCCCUGAGGGCGUGAAGAAGACCCAAACCAGUUUUCAGCAUUUCACCAAUAUGUCCCUCUCCUUGUUAGAAGAGGUUAAAUAGCUUCAUCGUUUAUGCUUCUAUCGUUUGCUAUAAAAUCAUGGAAACACAUUGGACACGAACUGUCUACCAGGUUGUAUUUGUGACUGGGAAACUGAGUUAAUUUUGAUACCUAACUUGUGCAAAUCAUACGUUAUAAACAUGGCGGAGGAAAGAAUCAGUGACGGUUGUAACGGUAGCAAAAAUGCGCGCGAAAUUUCGAAAACGACCGUUACAUUACCUCAUCGUCACCGCACGCUGAUGUACAUAAUCAAAAAAAAAAAAGCAGUUUUCGACGAAACUUCUCAAUUUUUUUAGCGUGGGUUAUAAACAAACCGGAUUAUAUUCAAAAUAAGACGAACGUUUAUAAAAUGCCCAAUGCGUUUUGGCUUCCAAGACGUUAUAGCCUUGAAAAAAUAUUAAAAACGUAAUGAUUUAUAUUCGUUCCACAUCGCGUUGCUGGAUUUGUAUCUUUAACCAACUUUGAAAAUGAGAAAUUUCCGAUAGCUUUGGACCAGAAACGACUCAAGCAGGUCGUCGUGUGUUCAUUUAAACGCCAUAUCCAUAAACUCCAAAAUGAUUUUUUUUUGUGCAGCAAGCUAUUCCGUUUUCCAGGGAAGGACACAGCGGUGGGAUUGGUUGAAACUGGUUGGCGUCUCUCUUUGGUAAAAUUCACUACCUCAGUCCCGAAAGGAACCUAUAACCACAUUGAACCUGUUUAGUCCAGUGCCUUAAAUUACCACAGACGACUCCACACACAUUUUCAAAUCUUAAAAUUACUUGGACCUGCGUGGAAAGGGACCCCAAAAUCCCACCCUUAUUCGACAUUAAGCCCAGAAUCCAGACGUUUCGUCUGGAAAAGGCAAAGCCCAUCGUAUUGAAGGCAACACCUGCAGAAGGUCUAUGAGAGAGACUGGAAGCUGGAGAUGUUUGGUCUUGUGUGUCACGCAAACGGAAGCAGAAACCCGAACCUUUACUCUCUGCUGCCACCUUCUGACUCCUUGUUUAUCUGUACAUUUAGUGUCCAAUAAAGACUUCAGUUUUUCUCUCAA